GAGAUAUCGAAGAGCCACAGCGCCAACCUUCAUUGCCGAGGCACGAAGGAUCGAGGGUGUGAUACCGUACAGUACUAGUGGGACCCGAGUGCAAGAGCAAGAGCGAGAGUGCAAAUGGACUACUAAUAGCGGUACUACUGCAGAGCAAAGAGCGGAAAUGGAGACGGUUCCUGACAAUGAGCCGUUUGGGAGUGAAACCGGUACUGGCAGUGAAGAAAACAGUAAAGAAUUCGAUGAGCAGAAACCCAACGGUACACCAACUAAAAGCCCGAGCAAGCGGUUGAACGAACUAUUCCUCCGUGAGGACUGGAGGUCCCCCACCAAGGCUAGACCUCUCGUUCUGGAAGCAUGCCACAUACUCAAGGAAUGGCCUCAUUUAGCCAGAAAAGAAUUCGAUAUGCGGCGUCAUGAGGAUCUUUUGAUUUUCGAAGAAUACCCAAUUACAGUUUUCUUGGGUGCUGGGUGGUUGGACUGGGAAACUUUUGACACCAUCCACAAGCUCUAUCCAGAAUGCUUGGAGCAGUGGUGUGGUAUUGACGGAGACGAAGGAUAUCCACCAUGGUACCCUGCCUUCACAUCUGAGGGGGCUGGAUUGUCGAAGGAAAUCAUGACCUUCCUCUUCACAGGAUUGCGCCCAGCUGCGCGGAUUUCAACAUUUGCAAUCGGUGUUAAUUUUCCCUGUGCAGUGUACAUCCAACAUGUCUUGUCAAAGGAACGAAGCAGCUCAGAGAUCCAAACCACGUUGGAAAUAUUUGACAUGCUUUGGGCAUGUCGAACAAGAUGGAAUACCCUUUUGAAUGCAGCUGUGGAAGCAAACUCAGAAAUGUUUAUUAGAUUCAUUUUGUCCCAGCUGCCAGAUGAAGAACUGUCCUUUCGAUUUGAUCCAAGACAAUAUGACAUGAGGGCCGCUCAAGGAUUGGACAAGGUACUUCCACGGCUGAAGGCUUUGGAUGUCCCUUUUGGAAGUAUUGCGGAAGCCAGUGUGUUUGUACUCCGGGCCUUACAAAGCACCAAUAUUUCAGCAUUGACACUUAGGCAAGAUGAUGAUGACAUGCUUGAGGAGGCCAGUGUCAUAGAGCCGGCAGCAGCUGCACUGGAGUCUUUGGUGUCAACCACUCAAUCGCUCAAAUCCCUUGAGUUUUCUGUGGGGAUGUUCGAUGGAUGCAUUUCACUGAAAUACCUAGAUGCAGUCAUCAGUGGCAUGAAGAGCAACCAGCACAAGUGCAUCAAACAGCUGUCCCUCCGUGGCCUUGAAGAAAUUUCCAUUGAGAACUUAGAAGGUCUGUUCCUGACAGGUGCAUCCAAAAUAGACCUGGGCAACAAAAGUGUAAUUUGGUCCUGCAUGGUUCACGAUAGCGACCAAAGAUGGGCUUCUGGCAGUCCCGAGCACUCAAAACAGGAUCUCUGGGAUAAUAUGUGUCAGCUGGAAACACUUACAGUUGAGGGAGUAGGAUUUCGUGGGUCCUCCUUCUACUCCUUCAUGAUGAUGAUUGGCAACAUUCCUUCCCUAACAGAGCUGCAUGUGACACAAGGGUUUCUGUGCCAAGAGAGCUGUAAAAGGAAAGUAACAGAGGCCAUGGUGUCUCUUUUGGAGAAAGGAAAACUUAGAAAGUUGAAAUUCCAGCUCCAUAUUGACAUUCCUCUUUUUUGCAGGCAUCUUGAAGAAAAUACCAGUCUUGUGGACCUUUGCCUUUCAUGUAAGGACCAAGACAUGCAUGGCGGAAAUAUGGAGAUUCUUGGCUGUGUUUUGAGGGAUCACAAUGUUACACUGGAGUCCCUGGCAAUGACCAUUAAAGCUUUUGAAUAUGUGUCUCAUAGCAACAUGAUCAACUACUUUCUGGCGUUGAAUCGGUUGGGUCGCCAGAAGAUGCGGUGUGAAGAAAUGCUUCCUGAUUCCUUCCUCGCUAUCAUCUCAGCUGCCUUGUCAGAGGAGCCCGCCAUGGUGGUCCCACUCGUCUAUGGUCUUUUGAGACAGUCUCCAUCAAAGUGGACUGGUUUGGCAGCAGCAAGGUGUCAGGUCAGGGGUGCUCAGGAAAGUGGGAAGAAACGAAAACUGGAAGCUCUACAGGAAGCAGAGUAAGGGCCCCAAUUCAAUUCGGUCCUCCCGUGGACCAUACAUGUACUACAUGUAAGUCUAGCUAGAUCUAGUCUAAUGGUUGUCACGCUUUCUUUAACUUCAUUCAUUAAAUAAAUGAGGAUGCAGCUCUUUUUCG